AUGUUUUCAACAGUUAUCGAUGCCAAUGAUGGAACAUCCUCGGUGGAUUAUAGUCAUGGGACCGUGACGACACUGUCGAUUGAUGCCAACACUCCCUAUUUCAUUCUAUUGACCCUUCUCAUUGCCACAGUGGUUCUUGGACUAGUGCAUUGGUUCUCUAAGAAGAUGCGAAUUGUGCGGAUGGUGGAAGUACUGCCGGGUCCUUCGUUGUCAGAAUCGAACAAUGCUUUCACACCCCACCCAUGGCUUGCCCACCUGAGUCUGGCUGUGGAUUUUUCUGGGGAGAAUCCCAUUCCUGGCUAUCCAGGCGUCGCUCGGUCCUUUGACAACCUGAUGCAGCUGCACAAACAGUUUUCACAAAAGGAUGGCAUCAUGCGAUUGUGGGCACUAAACCCUUUCAAGCUCUUGCCUUUUGCCCAGCCCUUGGUGUUCAUCACUGAUCCAGAGAUGGUGCAGCAAGUCCUUAAAGACAAGAACAUCUCAAAGGACAUCAUCAAAGAAGCUGAAAUCUAUGGACUAUGCAAGGCUUUGGCAGGUGACAGCUUCUUGGAAAUGCUGGAAGACACUCCUCGCUGGAAACACCAAAGAAAGCUCACUGCUUUGGGCAUGAACCAAAGUUUGUUGGAGCGUACAAACUCUGUCACUAUUAAGCUGCUUUAUGAAACAGUUUUCCCCCAAUGGGAUGGUACUGCAUCAGCUGCCCAUGAGCCAACCUUCACGAUGGAAGCUGGUGAAUGGUGUACCAGGUUAGCAGCUGAAAUCUUAGGCAUUGUUGCCUUUAGCCGGUCUUUUGGUGGUCUCGAUUCAGACGCAACAAAGAAAGGCACCAAGAACAGCAACCACCAGUCCCUGUAUGCACUGUUCAGGCGACUGCAGUUUAUCAUAACCAAACGUUCUGAACGCCUACCCUUUCUUAUUCCAUUUUACUUCAAAGAAAACAAGGAAUUCCAGCAAUGCCAAGACAAGCUAAACAGUAUUAUUCAAAGCAUCUUGGAAGAACGGAUGUCCAAAUACAACCAAGGCAAGGCGGUGCAAUGCAAUAGUCCAGAGAACCUGGCCCAACAAAGCAGGUCAAGCCAACUAAGUAGGGGUGAGUUCAAUGACCUAUUAUCCUACCUGAUGAUGGAAGAUGAAGAUGAUGACAGGUACCGCUUGACAGAGAAAGAGUUGCUUGGCAAUGUCCGCAUGUUCUUGUUUGCCGGGCAAGAUACUUCUGCCAUUGUUCUUUCCCAAACUCUCUAUGAGCUUGCCACUCACCAGUCUACCCAGCUUCGGUUACAAAAAGAAGUUGAUGCUUUGUUUGCCCAGUUUGAUUCACCGGAUCACCAACCUGCUUACAAAGACAUCAUGAGGCUCGAGUAUCUUGAUGCAGUUACAAAGGAAGCCUUAAGGCUUCACUCUCCUGCUGGGGUUGCUCGUUGGAACCUUGUGGACAUUAAAUUGACCAAGGGUGAUCAUACAUACUCAAUCCCAAAGGGAACCAAUCUCUUUGUGUACCCUUGUCUAACUGGGCGUGGCGAUGGUCAGAAUCACGAAAGCCUUGAUGAGUUUAUCCCGGAGCGCUUUUUGAAGGAGGAUAGAGGCAAUCAGGUCUCAGGCAAGCCAGAAUCAUGCUAUAUGCCAUUCUCAAUUGGCCCCCGUAAUUGUGUGGGUCAUCCCUUGGCAACAGCAGAAAUCAAAGUUGUCCUGGCCCACUUGGUGCAUCGUUACACAGUCCGCAAGACUGAGGGGUCAGAGGAACCUAUCAAGAUGGUUCAAAUCAAUAUCAUGCCACACCAGAUUAUGCUGGAUUUUGAACGUCGACAAUUCUCAGGAUAG